AUGAUCGGCAUCGGGCUACGGGCUAGAGAGCCCUCGACCGCUCUCGUCUUUUUCAUUGAGGAUGCGGAUAGAUCGUGCCACGAUGGCGGAAUGGCAGCAGCCGCGCACGCUGUGACUGGCGUGGGUGUGGACCUUCUAUCAACAUGCGUAAUGGCAGCGCGGACGAGGAUGCUGAGCGUCGGAUCCGGCGAUGCCUCGCAGCAAGCAUCCAUCGUCCAAUCCGGGCACAACAAUAUCGCCGAUGGUGGCGUCAAGUACGAGAUCGAUGCGACAAAGCUGCACACGUACAACCUCGGCAUGAUUGAUUUGAUUUUCUUCACGUUUCCGCACAGCGGCGUCCCAAACAGCAGUCCAGAUAAUGUGCCGUCCAACCAAUCCCUGCUUCGAUCUUUCUUGGAUUCAGCAGCAACGAUGCUAAAUCCGAAUGGCGAGAUACAGAUCACUCUCAAGACCGGCCAGCCUUACGAUCAGUGGCGCUUGCCAUUGCUACUGCAAGAAACCUGUAUGGACGGACCUUUGAAGGAAGUCAAAGACAAGAGUGCAAAGGUCUUUAUCUUCAAUUCAGCAUGCACGGACGACGGAACAACCCAAGCGCCCAUAGACUUGACAGGGAAGCACGUCUCGGUGAUCAGUCUGCCACUGGACCCGUUGACAGACGAAGAUGCUGCGAUGGGUGCAGAGGCUAUCGCAAAGACAAACGAGGCUCGUCCAAGCCGCUUUGGCGACUGCCUGCGACCGGACGAAGGGAUUGAGAGGUGA